AUGGCAGCCCCAAAGAAACCAGUGGUGGGGCCGUUGGUGGGGUCGGUGGUCCAGGGCACCAGCUCCACUCGCUUUCUGGUUUUCAAUUCAAAAACCUCGGAGCUCCUGAGCCAUCACCAGGUGGAGCUGACGCAAGAGUUCCCCCGGGAAGGGUGGGUGGAGCAAGACCCGAAGGAGAUCCUGCAGUCUGUCUACGAAUGCAUGGCCAGGACGUGCGAGAAGCUCCGCGACCUGAACGUCGACACGUCCAGCAUCAAGGCCGUGGGCGUCAGCAACCAGCGAGAGACCACCGUCAUCUGGGACAGGCUGACAGGGGAGCCCCUGUACAAUGCCGUGGUGUGGCUGGACCUGAGGACCCAGGCCACCGUGGAGGCCCUGAGCAAGAAGAUCCCAGGGAACAACAACUUCGUCAAGUCCAAGACAGGCCUCCCGCUCAGCACCUACUUCAGCGCAGUGAAGCUGCGCUGGAUGCUGGACAAUGUGGUACACGUGCAGAAGGCGGUUGAGGAGGGUCGGGCCCUCUUCGGCACUGUGGACUCCUGGCUGAUCUGGAGCAUGACAGGGGGCGUCAACGGGGGCGUGCACUGCACUGAUGUCACCAACGCCAGCAGGACCAUGCUCUUCAACAUCCACUCCCUGGAAUGGGAUCAGGAGCUCUGCGACUUUUUUGAAGUUCCCAUGACCAUUCUCCCCAAUGUCUGGAGUUCUUCGGAGAUCUACGGCCUCAUAAGAGGCGGGGUCCUGGAAGGGGUACCCAUAUCUGGUUGUUUGGGGGACCAGUCGGCUGCAUUGGUAGGACAGAUGUGCUUACAGGAGGGACAGGCCAAAAAUACAUAUGGAACCGGCUGCUUCCUGCUGUGCAACACAGGUCGCAAGCGCGUGUUCUCUGAGCAUGGCCUUCUGACGACAGUGGCCUACAAGCUGGGCAAGGACAAGCCCGUGUGUUACGCGCUGGAAGGCUCUGUUGCUAUCGCGGGCGCUGUGGUUCGCUGGCUGAAGGACAACCUUGGAAUCAUAGAGACCGCAGAAGAGAUUGAAAAACUUGCUAAGCAGGCAGGCACUUCCUACGGCUGCUACUUUGUCCCAGCGUUUUCUGGAUUGUAUGCACCUUAUUGGGAGCCCAGUGCGAGAGGGAUCAUCUGUGGUCUGACUCAGUUUACCAACAAAUGUCAUAUUGCUUUUGCUGCAUUAGAAGCUGUUUGUUUCCAGACCCGAGAGAUUGUGGAAGCUAUGAACCGUGACUGUGGAACUCCACUAAGCCAUCUGCAGGUGGACGGUGGAAUGACCAACAACAGAAUCCUGAUGCAACUACAGGCGGAUAUUCUGCAUGUCCCAGUUGUAAAGCCCUGCAUGCCUGAGACCACCGCACUGGGUGCCGCCAUGGCCGCAGGUGCUGCCGAAGGGGUCGGCGUCUGGAGUCUGGAGCCCGAGAGUCUGUCGGGUGCCAGAGUGGAACGAUUUGAACCGCAGAUCCAGGCCUCAGAAAGUGAAAAUCGUUAUGCUACGUGGAAGAAAGCUGUGAGGAAGUCAAUGGGUUGGGUGACAACUCCUGUAAGUGGGGACUCGACUAUCUUCUCUAGUCUGCCUUUGGGGUUUUUUAUAGUGAGUAGCAUGGUCAUGCUAAUUGGAGCAAGAUAUAUCUCAGAUAUAUCAGAGUAA